AAGAGCUCAUGGAGGAAGGAGCAGCAGAGAAAUGUGAGCGAAUCUGGACUGAGCAGCUGUUUAGGAAAAGUCCUGUUAGUGUUAAUCCAGUAAAUAUCAUAGUGGUCAGUGGGGUGAUGGGAAUUGGGAAGACCACCAUGGUACAGAAGAUCAUGUAUGACUGGGCCGGAGGCACUCAGUACCAGAGGUUUGCAUUUGUGUUCCUGUUUAAAUUCAGAGAGCUUAACCACUUAGACAAUGAGAAUGAGCCACAAAUGUCACUGACCAAACUGAUUGUAAGGCACUAUAAAUAUCUGAAUGAUGGUAGACUGAAAGAAGUGCUACAUAAACCAGAAACUCUCCUUUUUAUAUUCGAUGGACUGGAUGAGUACAAACACAAACUGGACUUCAAACAGUGUCAGCUCUGCUCAAACCCAGAUGAUGAGGUCCCUCUCCAUAUCCUGGUCACCAGCCUGGUUAGUCAGACAUUACUGAAGGGCUGUACAGUCCUGAUAACAAGCAGACCAAGAGUCUUGGAGAACAUAGACAUAAAGAGAGCUGAUCGAGUUAUGGAGAUCCUGGGGUUCUUCCCUGAGCAAAGGCUGAUGUAUUGUAAGAAGUUCUUUGAUGAUGCUGAUGUGGGCACCAAGGCUUUUCAGUACAUGGAGAAGAACACCAUCCUGUACUCCAUGUGCUUCAACCCCUCGUACUGCUGGAUGAUCUGCUCUGCACUGAAGAGCCACUUCAUGACACCUGAAAAAGAGCAAGGAGUUGCCCCCAGAACUGUCACUGAGAUCUUCGUGCUGUUCCUUCACAACAUCCUGACUAAUCACAGAGAAGAAAUCAAAAACCAGCAGAUGAUUCUGGUCAAACUGGGGAAAAUGGCCUUUUAUGGGGUGGAAAACAGGAUUCAUGUGUUUAAUGAAAAGCAAGGGAUAUCCACCUUUGGUCUCCAGACAGUCCUGUCCUCUCCCUACCUCUCUGGGUUACUGCAGAGGCAAAGCACCUUAGAGCAUACAACAUACGUGUUCUACCAGUUCACCCUGCAGGAGUUCAUGGCUGCCUGCUCCUUCUACCUUGAGCCAUCAGGGGACAUGGAAGAAAUGCUGGAGAAGUGGAACUCAUGUAAAGAUGACCGAUUUGAGAUUGUUACUCGAUUUAUGACAGGACUGGCUUGGUGUUCUGUGCUUAAAACAGUGGAGAGAAUCCUGGGGAAGUUUGAAGGGAAGACCAUACAGCGAAUACAGGAGUGGAUGAAGCAUAAAACUAAAAUGACACUGCGAGGGGGAGAUAAAAGUGAAGCUCUGCGGGUGUGUCAGUGGCUCUGUGAGACUCAGAAUAAGGAGUUAAUUAGAGACGCCAUUGGGAAGGAUUUAAAGAUGAACUUUAGUGUGAUGACUUUAUCUCCUCUGGACUGUGCUGUUCUGGCCUCUGUUAUUAGCUGCUGUGGAGAGCUUAAGGAACUUGACCUAUCACAGACACCUCUGACCCCACAGUGUAUCACGAGACUGGUGCCGGGGCUCAGCUGCUGCAGUAAAGUCUGGCUAAGGUCAUGUUGUCUCACUGCCAGAUGUUGCUCAGCUCUCUCCUUGACUAUCUCUGCUCCAAACUCACAGCUGACUGAACUGAUGCUGGACAACAACAACAUGGAGGACUCAGGAGUGGAGCAGCUGUGUGAGGGACUCAGGAGUGCAAACUGCAAACUGGAGGAACUACGGUUGUGGUCUUGUGGUCUCACCUCGGCCUGCUGCUCAGCUCUCUCCUCGGUCCUCUCGUCUCCAAACUCACGGCUGACUGAACUGAGUCUGAGCAACAACAACCUGGGAGAUUCAGGGGCUCGUCAGCUGAGUGAGGGGCUCAGGAGUGACAACUGUAAAUUAGAGACAUUAUGGCUGCAGAACAACGGGAUCAGUCGAGAUGAGAAGGAGAACCUGAGGUCACUACAGGAGGAGCUGAGGUGGUCUGGACGGCAGCUGACUAUCAACACAUGAGAAGACCAGCAGUGGUGAUCAGACUGACCCCACUCAGUGACGGAGACCCCCGUCCACUCUCCCCUAAAUUCUCCUCUUUCUUCUUUUUCUUCUCCUCUCAGCUCUGCUCCUCAUUUAAUAAACUCUCCGUGUCCCCUCA